AUGAACAAAAAAUCACUAGAAAGCAAAUGGGUUGAGACGAUUGAUGAUCAAGAAGAAUUCAUGGUUCGGGAAUUGCUUCGAAGAGGAAAUGACGGAAAGCAAGCGUUCGAUUCAGCGCCAGUAUUUUUGGAAAUUGCUCUAGUGGUGAUGUUCAAAUUCGCGAUGGGAAUCGAUCUUCGUGAAAAUCCAAAACGACUAGAGAAACUUCUUCGUUGUGGAAAAGCUGGGAUUGAAGCAUUCGAUGGGAUCGACCAGCACAGUCUGAUCUUCGAAUGGAUGCCGAAAUUUCUCCGAAAACUCAUUCCAAUCAGUCUCUGGCCUGAUUACAUAAAGGAGCAGAGCGAGCUUCUCGACGAGAUAAUUGAAAUAAUGGCGGAAGUGAAAGCAGAAAGUGAUCAAGUUGGAGAUGAGUCCUCCUUGAUCUCCAUUUUCGAAAAUGACGUCGAAAAUGGCAAGAUGAACUACUGGGACGCGAUUUGGACAAUGCAUCAGUUAGUUAUCGCUGGAAAUGAUACUGUCUCUGUCUCCCUCAGAACGUUUCUAAUAAAUCUGGCGAAGCAUCCUGUUGAGCAAGAAAAAAUCCGCGACGAACUCAAAGAGAAAAACUUUGGACAAAAAGAACUCAAGGAUUGUCCGCGUCUCUUCGCGGCAAUUUAUGAGUCGUUUCGAUACUCGCCGACGGUGUCUGAGUCCACUCCGUUUCACACAAUUACUGAAGAUGCAAUUGUUGAUGGCAUUCAGUUCAAGAAGGGAGAUCUCAUUCGAUCAGCCAUAGGCGCGAUGGGUUUUCAUGUCGGCAAGGAGGACCCCUUCAAAUUUGUGCCCGAUAGAUUUCUUGACGAAAAUGGCGACUUUCGAAAAUACGAUGCUUCAGUUCCGUAUCACCUCGGCCGUCGAGAUUGUCCUGGGCAGAUUCUCUCGAAUAUUGAGCUGUUUCACAUGUCAAAGAUUAUUCUCAAGCAUUUUGAAUUGAAAACAAACGAGAUGGGCACGUUUCAGAACCUUGAAGAAUUCGAGAAUGUUUACAGCGGCGGCAAAUUCUCCGAUGAUGAUCAUUACUUGCCACUGUUUAAAGAAAAUCGAGUUGUGUUUGUUCCUCUCGAACAAUGA